UGUGGAAAGCCCUUGAUAAACAUAGUUUAUGAGUCCACACAAUGAAUCAUCAAACUGGUCCCUGCUGACUCUUACAACAAGAGCAGUAACUGACACCACAGCUCACUCCAAACCAAAUUUUGGCACUUCCUCCCUUGUUCCUUGAGAUUCAGCUACACUUGAUGGUUGCAAAAUCCCUGUGCUAUGACUUCGAGUGGUCCCAACGGGAAGUGAUUGAUUAUAAAACAUGUGAACUCUGUAGGAAACUUUCCAGUGCUAAAAAAACCCAACACACUGGUUGAUCUGAGCCGGCACACAACUGCUGGCUGAAGGGAGGCAGCACUCCUGCGUGGGGCAUGCACUAAGGCAUGUGACAGUCCCCCAGCCUGCUGCUCCUCCGGCCAAAUACGCCGUCCCCGGGACUCUGGUGUGGAUAUGGGCAUCUGGUGGGUCGCCGUGGUCUCCACUCUCCUGGUUUGGUGCUGCAAGGGAUCCUCAGCUCACCAGCUCUCAGUCGACCCCCCACAAGAUCUUCAGAUAGUUGACCCUGGGCUCCUAGGGCAUCUCUACAUGCAGUGGGAGCCCCCGCUUUCCCUGGAGACCUUCAAACAAUGUACAGUAGUGUACAAGCUAAAAUACUGCAACGCCGGCGAUACGGACUGGAAGGUUAUCUUUACCAAGAAAUUAAAAUAUGCAGACAGUUUUGACCUCAACCGGCCCGUGGAAGCAAAGGUGCAGACACUGCUGGAAGGGCCCUGUGCCAAUGGAUCAGAAGUGCAAAGCGAAUGGACUCACGCCAGCUUCCAGCUUCCUGCACAAGGCGCGCUGGAGUCGCGGAUCCAGGACUUCCACUGCGUCUACUACGACUGGGAGCAUCUUCGCUGUACCUGGCAGCCGGGCCCGCAGGCCCCUCCCGGGGCCCGUUACGAGCUGUAUUAUUGGUACGCUGGGCUGGGUGGCCCGGCACAGUGCCACGACUACGUCUGGACGCGGGGGAAGGCCACGGGCUGCCAGCUGUCGAACCUGAGGCAGGCGGAGUACCUGGACAUCACCGUCUGCGUGAACGGGUCGGCGGAGCCUGCGCGGCUGCAACCUGCCUACUUCGUCCUCCAGAUUAAGAACCUAGUAAAACCUCCUCCUCCUGAACGGCUGGUGCUUUCCAUGUCUGCUUCCAAGGAAAUUCACAUGCAGUGGAGCUCUCCCGAAGGAGGAACCCCCCCCGAGUGCCUGGAGUAUGAGGUGCAGCUCCAGGGCUCGGGCAGCCACGCGGACGCUGCCUGGUCGUCUGUGUCCACCCAGCUGGAGACUAGCUUUAUCUUCUCCCAGGCCAACGGGACUCACUUGUCCUGCGUCCGCGUCCGCGGGAGAACAAACAUCUUCUGUGCCGACCAGGGCUUCUGGAGCGACUGGACGCAGGAAUGCUUUUAUGUGCCCAGGAAAGACGAAAAGCAGCUAUUCAUCCUCGUUGCGGUCGUCUUGAGCUUCUUCAGUGUCGUCCUGGUGAUCGUCUUUGCUGUGCACCGCAAGAAGAGAUCGCUAGCAGCAGAAAAACUGCAGCCACCAAUGGGAUGCUAACGGUGCUGGCGGGACCCCAGCACAGCUCGUGGGAUGGACGGCUUGGAGAACCUCAGGCCAGGAGCAGACCCGAACUUUGCAAGUCCUUCAGAGGGCUUUUCUACUUUCUUCCCUUUACGACGUUGUCAUGGCAUGAAAACGCAAGAGUCCCAGGAGCAGGUCAGAGGAGAGGAGCCUCUAAACUGACAUUGGAGUAAUUUCUUCUGAAUAAUGUGGCAAGGGUGGAAAAGCAGCCCAUAAAGGAGGCAGGGGAUGCUGCCAGCGGUUGUGCUUCGUGCCCUAUAAGACUGUGCGGAAACGUGGGUCGCGCAGUGGAGAUGGUGAAUGCAGAUUUCGAGUCUGGAGGCUGUCACGUGAAAUGCUGCGGUGUCUCGAUGCAACUGCCCGCUGUCCAGCACGUUCCCUGAUAGCUCCUCCGCCCUGUUCUCUGCACAUCUGGUCUGCUCAUAGGUUUCGUUGAAGCUCGGUGUUCACAAGCCAUUGCCCCAGGCCAUCUGCCGCUCCCCAGCUGUUUGCCAAGGUGGAUUGAGAGGUCUGGUGCAAUUGGUUGUGACCCUGAACCGCUGGUUCAUGAGCCAAAUGGGUCCUGGGCCUCCACUGCCAAAGGUCAGCAAGGGAGGAAGACCGGACGCUGGACCCAGAAAGCAACGCUCUCCCAAAGGCUCCUAGAGCACGAGGACACUCAGCCCAAAGAAGCAUCCAGCUGAUGAAAUGUGUGACCUGCUACGUGGAGUAGACAUGCCAUAAUCAUGAUGCUCCGGUUAAAUUCGUCACCAACGCUGGGGUGAAUUCUGCAGAAACACCAUCCAGUGCUUAACUGCACCGCCCAUAAAUGAAUAGCCCGGGGCAGGGUCUUUGCUGUCCAGUGAAUGCAUCUUUUGGCCCUGGUGUUUGCAUCACGGGGUGGAUUUUCACCGAGGGGGGAAAAGCAGAUCUGGUUGGUGGUGAGCUGAAAUUCACGGCGCUGUGCUAAUCCAGCUGGAAAAGGACCUUUCACACCUCUUUUGAGGGCCAUCGAGAUAUCCCCGUGCUGCCCAGGCUCCAAGCGAAAAGUGAGUUGGGGAAUGAAUGAAUAUGGAGCGAGGCAAAAGCUCGCGGGCAGCGUGCAGGCUGGACAAGGAGGAUGCCAUCGUGUUUGCAGGUCGAGCUUUAAACCUCAGCCAGGACUGUGCCUGUGACUCACUUCCUCGACUGGGUGGUGAACGGGGUUGGCGGCCGGAGCCAGAAGGAAGGGUAGGGCUAAAGCCUGGCGCAUAAUUGCUUUUUAAAUCAGUCAAUAAGGCUUAUGAGCUGACAGCGGAGGGACUGACUAUGCGGGGUUGAGUCCUGAGACAAAGGAGGUGAAAGCAGAUGUAGCGCCAGGGGUGGAAUGGGAAACCAAUCCCGGAGAAGCCGUGAUCUGUACUGCGGAGGCUUUUUGGCUUCGGGACAGCUCUUAAACAUGCCGACAGACUGAGCCAUGCCAGAGGACUGAUUGCUCAAAAGUAAACACGCUACUUCCUUUCUUACUCGGCUUGUCGCGUGUGAAACAGGUGAGCGUGCUAACGGUGGCUGGAGCCAGCCAGCCAGCACACAUGCCCACGCACAAGGAGCUGUGCACGCGCGUGGGAGUGUAGACAACUGGCCACUGGGACCCCAGACCACUGCCUGGGCCCUGAGUAAAUGAGGCGCCACAUUGCACGUGGCCAUUAGAGACGUGUUGCUUGUCGUUUGGGCCCUUAGACGGUCAACACACCACUGCUAUGGACAGACUGGGGCCAGAUGACGACCUGGCCGAGCGCUGCAAGAUGUGUGCGGAUGUGCCCUGCAAGUGACUGGCAGACUAGCUCGUUAGCACUGUGUUCCCCCAGAGCUAAUGAGUCCUGCUCGAGUGAUGUACAUCGGCCUUUGCGGGCUGGCAACUGGUGACACGUCCUGCAUGGCCAAGGCUAUGCGGGCAUGCCAAGGGCGAAGAUGGAUUUAACGUGCUUCCAGGGUACAUGCACAGCGGUGCAAUUGUUUCCAUUCCUUUCCAUUCAUUUACCCAAGAAUGGAGAAAAUAUCAAGAAAACAUGAGCCACAACCAAUGUCAGGCAGCAGGUGGCUGAGUUUGGGGCUCUGACUCCCCCGUAUGACGCAGGCACACCAAGGAAGUCACCACGACCUUUUGAAAGAACAAGUUUGAUGACACAACUUAGCAUUCAAAUGGGUUGGAAAAGCUAAAUGUGGACUGUAAACACCUCCAAGCUCGGCAGCGUCCGGCUCGGGGGGGGGUUGACUCUCCGGUGAUGCAAUCUGGCUCUGACUCCUGCCAAAGCCCUGUGAAGGGCCCCAAAAUGCAGCCCUCCUUUGCUAGUCUCAACAUCAAGUAUUGCACCUUCUGGACAGAAAAAGGCUCCGGUCUCUUAAAGAUAAUUUAUCAGCAUUGUUGCAUCUGUUUCAUUCCUGGUACUUCUGUUACUGCCUGGGUGUUUCCUUGCUACCCUAAGUUAUCGUACAUACUAAAUUAAUAAACUAAUUUCCCACAAAAAUCAA